AUGAUCCAUAGACGGUCAGAGGCCCCAAGGGGCCAGGCCAACUUGGCCCCGCGGCCACGAUCCAUAGAGGGUCAGAGGCCCCAGGGGGCCAGGUCAACUUGGCCCCGCGGCCACGAUCCACAGAAGGCCAGAGGCCCCAAAGGGCCAGGCCAACUUGGCCCCGCGGCCGCGAGCCACAGAAGGCCAGAGGCCCCAAAGGGCCAGGUCAACGUGGCCCCGCGGCCACGAUCCAUAGAGGGUAAGAGGCCCCAAGGGGCCAGGUCAAUUGGCCCCGCGGCCGCGACCCACAGAGGGCCUGAGGUCCUAAGGGGCUAUUGUGAUUGGAAACACUCAGAAAGAUUUGGUGAACAUGAGCGAAGUGCUGAGCACAUAACCUGCAUGCAAGCAGUCUUGAACCGCGCCAAAAGUGCCACAGUUGAUGCAGACCUGUUCAAACAGUUUCAGGCAGAGAGCAGCUAUUGGAGGCAGGUGUUACAAAGAGUUGUUGCAGUCAUUAAAUUCGUUGCAGAAAGGGGCCUUGCAUUUAGGGGUAAAAAUGAAUCGUUAGGGUCUCCUCUCAAUGGGAACUACCUUGGUAUUCUGGAGGUCCUGGCUGAAUUUGAUCCCUUUCUAAAGGAUCACAUCAGAAAGUUUGGGCAGAUGGGUCGAGGUAAUACCUCAUAUCUGUCCUCCACCAUUUGUGAGGAAUUCAUUGAAUUGAUGGGUGCAAAAACCAAACAGGCUAUAGCAGAUGAACUGCAAGCAAGCAAAUACUACUCUAUCAUUGUGUAUUCAACCCCAGAUUUAUCUCAUGUGGACCAAUUGACAUUCAUAUUCCGUUUUGUUAGCAAAGAGGGCAGUGUUGUUGAACGCUUUGUGGGUUUUGAGCCCAUUACUAGCCAUACAGAGUCCAAUGCUUCAGUCCUUCACAAGGCCAAGAUUCUCACUGAAUCAUACCUAUCUGACCUCAAUGAAAGUCUUGGACAGGAGCUUAUACAGUUCAAAUCUUUUAUACAGCUCAACAACACUGAUGAGGAGAGGACCCCUUCAGGACUGCUCAAAACAAUAAUACAUUUUGGACUACAGCCUACGUUUCCUAAUACAUACAUUGCGCUACAGAUUUUUCUCACUCUACCGGUCAGUAACUGUGAGGGAGAACGCUCAUUCUCUCUUUUGUCAAGAGUAAAAAAUGAGCUGCGCACAAGAAUGACUCAGAAAAGAUUAAAUGCGUUAUCUCUAAUGGCAAUUGAGAGUGAGCUGACAAGAGAGUUGGACUUCAAUGAUGUGAAUACCUCCGACCUGUCAGUGUCCAUGGCUUCAUCCCCAGAGGGCACCGGAUCCAUCACCUCAUUGCUGGUGGAAAAUUCAUCAUCCAACAGCACUGGAUCGGAGUCAGGCUGUGGGUGUCAACCACUUUGUGAAUGCACUGUCUUCCUAAUCGGGUUGAUUGGUACCUUGUCCCCAAUCGUGCAUGCUCUGCACGCCAUCGUGAAGAAACGCAUCGGGGAGCCAAUGAUUCAGGUCGAUGGUGGGUGGGUUGGUGGCAAAAGGCCCAAGGUGUGA